GCUCUUCGAGUACCGGGGCCGAGUCUCUCCGGUGCCCAGGGUGGUUCCUGUGAAGCGGCCGCGGGUCACCAUCCCCCUCGUCCGGCGCGUGAAGGCGACGCUACCCGUCAAGCUCUUCGCCAGAUCCGCCGCCAUCGCCAACAGCUCGGCCAAGUUGAAGCUGAAGUGCAGCGAGCUGCAAACAAUCAAAACUGAGCUGACGCAGAUCAAAUCCAACAUUGAUGCGCUCCUGGGCCGGCUGGAGCAGAUCGCUGAGGAGCAGAAGCUGUCUGCAGAGGUACGGAAGAAGGUGGAAGGCAGCAAAAGCGAAAUCUCACAGGAAGACACAGCGUCGGAGGCAGAGGCCAACACGGAGGAGCCGCUGAACGGGGACGAGGGUGAGGAAGAGGGUCUCGCACGGGACGAGUGCGAAGAUGAACUGGAGAACAGCCAUUACACAGACGUGGAGGACGCCAGACUACAGUAACCAGCUCUUUCGGAACAGCAGUGAGCACCGGCGUGAGGAACGCACGAGGCUGACCCCUGUCCUGGCACGUUGAGCAAGACAAGCUGAAUCGAAGUGCUGCUGUCAUCUCUACCUGGCAUUCAAAAGGAGAAACAUGGCCCGACAUCUUCCAUCCAUCUGUAAAGCGAAGACAAAGAAAACUCAUCAUCCCAGUGACCCCCCCACUACCCUGUGCGAUGGGUUCA